AUGUCGUCCGACGUCGUGCUACCCGGCCAGCCUGUCCCCCUACCGCGUGGGCCCAUGCCACAGAUUGGCAGCGGCAUUUACUCGCGGGAUGGCAUCGUGAGGGCCAGCUUGAUUGGUGUCCCCUCGUAUUCCGGAUCUACGUUAGAAAUCAAGCGAACCCGCCCACGACCUCCUGCCCCGAAUUCGGUCGUUCUGGGGACCGUGACCCGUAUGUCUCCUCUACAAGCGGUUCUUUCGAUCACCGUGGUGGACGGCGUACCACUCCCCGCUGGCGAAGAGUUCACUGGGGUGGUGCGCGUACAAGAUGUGCGCGCUACUGAGAAAGACAAGGUGAAAAUAGCGGAUUGCUUCCGAGGAGGGGACGUUGUCCGAGGUCUAGUGCUCUCUUUGGGUGAUGCAAGAAGCUAUUAUGUAACUACUGCUCGAAAUGACUUGGGAGUCAUAUUCGCGACUAGUGAGGCUGGUGCGACUAUGGAACCAGUAUCGUGGCAAGAGAUGCGCUGUCCGAAGACAGGGAAGAUCGAGAAACGCAAAUGCGCGAAGCCGGAGGGCAUGUAGAUUCAGGGACACCCUGCUGUACAGUAUUCAUGUUUUCGACUUCUUGUAACGUAGUCGUAUCAUUCAGUCCAAUAUCCAUACCA